AUGCCGGAGAUUGACCAGCACAAAAAGCGCCUUGUAGGGCAGCUGAAGGGCAAGCUGUGGUUCUGUAUCGAGCAGCAGGUGCGCCGAGAGCUCCCCUACGGCGUCACGUUCACGCCGAAGUUCAUCAAUGCGCUCGUGGAGCUGUGUUUCGCGCAGCUGGACGAGCUCGGCGGCGAUCUGGAGGCGUUUGCGCGGCACGCCGGGCGCGAGGUGGUGGCCAGCGACGACGUGAUGCUGCGGUUGCGCAAGAACCCGGAGCUGCAGGCGUUCUUGCGGCGCGAGCUGGCCCAGCUGCGCGCGCCGGGCGCGGCGCGCACGGCGCAGCGGCGGUAG